UAUAUCUUGAAAUGAGAGUUGAUAUCUUUUCAUGUUAAUUAUUACUUUGUACAUAUCAGUGGCGAGGUGCAUACUGACAAAAAUACGCACACAGUUGAGGAUUAAUUUCGAUCCGUGUUUAUUUUAAUUGAUACUGUCUUCGUAAUUCGAACGUUUUUUAUAUACAGAUCUAAAUUCAAACCUAUUUUUAUAAAUUUAUGUUAUGUGAAUGUGAAAAUGAGCAUAUAUCGUGGUAAGAAUCAAAGAGAAUUUUAUUUGGCGUCGUUGUUGUACGAUUCUAUAGAGGACAAGGAUUUAAGCUCCGUAAAAUCUUUGCUUUCUGAAAAGGGAGCAGAUCCUAACUUAAUCCUUCCGAAGAAAGGUAUCGCUCCGUUUCACCUGGCAGUCGGAAUAGAUCCAAGGGACUUUUCAAUAACAGUGACCACGUUGAUUUUGCAGCACGGAGGAAACCCCAAUGUUAGAUCCGACGAAGGCUUGACCCCUGUCCAUAUUUCGGCUGCUUGGAAUUGUUUGGAGAACCUGCAGCUGUUGCUGAGCAAUGGCGGCGAUCCGGAGGCCAAGGACAGCAAUCGUUGUACCCCUUCCUACUAUGCACAUAAAGAAAACCAUGUUGAAUGUCUCAACCUCCUUAAAUCCUACACUCCGAACAAGAACGAAAUAAUCAACAGGGAGUCAGAGAACAGCAAAAACUUUAAUUUAACAUUCGAUAAGAUAUUAGUGGAUAACGGUGGCUGCCAAUAUGAGGUGGUUCAAGAUAAUACACCUAUUGUGGUACCUUCCGCGAAUACAACCGAAUACGUACUGAACUGGUUCAACAAACACCACCCAUCAAUCGAUGAGAUUUCAAUUUGUUCGGACCCAAAAAUGAAUCAAUUCUCUCUUAACACCAUUGAUUCAUAUGAGAGUUCCUUGGAUGAAUCGGACGUUCCAACCAAAGAAAUAAAAAGUGGCACAAUUACAUUCCGAAAGGUUUACAGAAAAACAAGAAAGACACCCAAAAAGUCGGUAUUCACCAGCACGGUUAAUAAGGAAGUCGAAGAUUCGACUAUGUUCUCCAUUGUGAAUGACAUUGAAACAAUCAAGCAGCAUUCUACAGAGAGUGGAGUAAACACAAUGCCAAAUAGUCCAGUGGAUCUUCACAUCAGUGACCAAAUCCAAAAUGAAAGUAUGUACACUGCUGAAGAUUUUUCGACCAUGCAACAAUACUCCAAAGAAAGUGGUAUAAUCACAUUACCAAAUAGUAUGUUAGUGACUGGAAACAUCCCCAAAACCACAUCUAGCGCAGAAUUUUCCAUAUCAGAGAUGUACUCACCACCUAAAAUGAAAACGUCCCUAAUUAAAAUAGAUGCUAGUAGUGACUACAAUACCUGUUCCACGGCCAGUGAGAAGUCGUCUCUGGUAAAUAGUUUUGAAAUGACCGACGAUUUAUCAAUCGAGUUCACACAGGACGAAACCAAAGGAGAUCUGAUAUCUUUGACCCACUCAAAAAGUUCGAGUCCUGAACUCAGUUUUGUGACGGUUUCUGAACUAUACAAAUAUGUUGAUGAGGACGAGGGAAUUAUUUUAUUCGAGAGACGAUUUUUAAAAACACCCACCGGGUCGUGCGGAAGUGAACGAUCCAGUGCAAUAUCUUCCAACAUUUCUUCCUUGCCAGAAACUAUUGAUUAUGACACAGACACUCUCAGAAAGGAGUUAACGUCGCAUGGGUACAAUCCGGGACCAAUAACAUUCACGACCAAGAGAAUAUACUUGAAGAAACUUAAACAGUUAAGAACUAAGGCAAUUUCCUCCACUAACGUACAAGACAUAUCCAACAUUAAGAAAGUCUAUUCUAUUGAGAUAGAAAAGACCUUUAGAGAUCCAACAUGGGUGAACGAUUUGGCUGUUUACAAGUCUUUGGAAGAAGCAGUGAGUAAGCAGUUCAGUACACCAGAUCCUACCAGGAAAUGGAGAGAAGGAGUUAAUAAGGCUUCUUUCACAUACCUACUUUUAGAUCCAAGAGUUACCAAUAACUUACCAUGUAGAGCCGAACAACUACAACCUAAGGAAUUAUGGGAGACAUUUAUAAAAGCGAUAUUUUAUGUGGGUAAAGGAAAAAGAUCACGUCCUUAUGCUCAUCUUUAUGAUGCAAUUUCGGUGUGGAAAAAGAACAAAGAGGAUGAAGAUGCGAAGUUGCGGACGAAGAAAAUUCAGCACAUUUUAGACAUUUGGCACAACAACACUGGUGUAAUUUGUCUCCACGUCUUCCAAAACGUGAUUCCCGUGGAGGCUUACACGAGAGAGGCUUCAAUGAUAUUAGCUUUAAAAUUGGAUAACUUAGAUAAUAUUAAAUCGGGUGAAUUUUAUGGAAUUGCGGCUACUUGGUCACUGAAACAAAAACGUAUGCUGGGCGUAUAUUUAUUAUAUAAAGCGAUGAUGAUUUUUUUACACGAGGGUGAACGACAGUUAUGCCCAGCUGAUAUUGAUUAAUUUUUAAUUUAAUUUUAAUACCAUUUUAUUUUUUCUAUUAUCCCUUUUUAUGCUGUUUUAAGUACAUUUUCUGGCUCAUUAUCAUGUCAACAGUAUUAAGUGUUGUAGUGUGUGGUUUUAAUACGUUUGCCGCUUUUAAUUAUGUAUUUAUGUAUAUAUAAUUUUAUGUAUAUACAUUUCAUAUAAAAUAGGAAAAAAUCAGUUUUCAAAUUUUAUAUUAUAAUGUUAAAUUCUUGACUGUCCACAACGCCACCAUUGCAUUCAAGGGAGACAAAGUCUGCAGUAUUAUGUAUUAAAAAAUUAACGAAUUUCAGAGUAUAAUGUGAUAUUAGGUGUAAAAAGUUUCGCAAUUAUAAUUAUCUAGUCUAAAAUAAAUUGUACUUAUUGAUAGAUGAACUGUACAUUAGUAUAAGUGACUGCAUAUUUUAAAUAAACAUAUUUUAUGGA